AUGGAUGGUGAUAUUGUGGUUAAUGAAAAGUUUGAUUUUUUAAUGCUAAGUAUAGCUAAGGAGUGUGGAGAUAUAAACAAUUUUAUGAACAUAUUUUUUUCGUUUUUAUUAAGAAAAACUGAUUUUAUUACUAACUCCAAAAAUAUAGAACAAUGUGAAGAAGUUGUUUUAAGGGUGUUGAAAAAACACUAUAAAAAAAAAGAUGAAUAUUUAGUCAAAUUAAAAAAGGAAUAUGAAAAAAUGGAUGAAGAAAAAAAAAAAAUAUUAGAAAGGGAAAAUAAUAUAAAUAAAACAAAAAAUGGUAAUAUAAAAGAUAAAAAAAAAAUCGAAAAUAAUAAUAAAGUUGUGGAAAUAGAAGAUGAUGAUUAUGACAAAUUAAAAAAAAAUGAUAAAAAAAAUAUGAACGAGUCAGGUAAAAAUAAUAAACAAGAAGACCAAAUAAAUGAAAAUAACAAACAAAUGAACAGUAAAUCCAAUAAUAACGAAGCAUGCUCAGAAGAUGAUGAUGAUGGCGAUUGUGAACCACCAAAAGGAAACGGAGGAAAAACUGAAAAGUAUACAUGGACACAGACACUAGGCACUGUAGACAUGUAUAUAGAUGUAGAAGAAUUCAUAAAAACAAAAGAUAUAAAGGUAGAUAUAACAUUUAAAAAAUUAUCCAUAAAAGUUAAAAAUAAUAUAUAUAUUGAAGGAGAAUUUCAUAAGCAUAUUAAACCCGAAGAUUCAAUUUGGACACUUGAAGAUAAUCGAAUAAUUCAUAUUUCGAUUGAAAAAUUAAAUACUAUGGAAUGGUGGGCUACAGUUAUUAAAGGUGAUCCAGAAAUAGAUGUAAAAAAGAUAGUUCCUGAAAAUUCACGUAUGGAAGAUCUUGAUUCUGAAACACGAUCCGUUGUAGAAAAAAUGCUUUAUGACCAAAAGCAAAAAGCAUUAAAUUUACCAACAUCUGAAGAAAAAAAAAAAUUUGAAAUUUUUGAAAAAUUUAAACAAAUGCAUCCUGAAAUGGAUUUUUCAAAAGCUAAUAUUAAUUAUGGAAACUCAUCCUCGGGUAAUAUGUUUUUCGGUAAAUAA